UCUAAUUUGCAAAGAAAAUGAAGGCAAGUGUAGUUGAGUCUGGAGAAAUUUCAAAAGGGGCAUCCCCAAGAAAAGGGUUGAUCAGAGGGCUCUCGAUAGUGGACUUCAUUUUGAGAAUUGUUGCAGCUACUUCCACACUGGGAAGUGCAUUGAGUAUGGGAACAACUAGGGAAACACUUCCAUUUACCACACAGUUUGUAAAAUUCAGAGCUGUGUUUAAGGACCUUCCUACAUUUGUGUAUUUUGUGACCUCCAAUUCUAUUGUAUGUGUCUACCUAGUUCUUUCACUGGCCCUGUCCUUUUUCCACAUAGUAAGGAAUAAAGCAGUAAAGAGCAGGGUUCUCCUGGUCUUUCUUGACUCGGUUAUGUUUGGUCUUCUCACAACUGGAGCCUCAGCAGCCGCAGCAAUAGUCUAUAUAGCACACUAUGGCAACUCAAGUGCCAAUUGGUUUCCCUUCUGCCGACAAUACAACAACUUCUGUGAACGUAUUUCUGGUUCACUCAUUGGCUCCUUCAUUGCAGUAGUUAUCUUCAUCAUACUUAUUCUCAUGUCAGCAAUAUCAAUAAGCAAACAUUGAUAAAGUGUAAUGGUACAGACUGUUAUGUCCAUAUGUAUGUGAACACAUCACCUUGUUCUAAUUUUUCCUUUUUAAUAUAUUUUUCAUGAAUUUCAGUACCUUCUUGUCGCGUCACAUUGGAACAGCACAAUAUAUACCUCUUAAUUUGUUUAGUUGACAUUGGUUUGGUUGAAGAAAAGAUGGACAUGGAGAGCAAGUUGUGUUUGUCUUCUAGCUUUGAAUGUAUAUCUUUCAAUAAUUACGAGUUUUUAGUGACAAAUGUACUAUGUAAGAGCAAUUGUAUUGGAGGUGAUUGAGUGGUGCUAAACUAGAACUCUUAAUUAAGCAUGUACACAUGUUUAUCAAGUCUUGUAUGUUGUAGUAAGUGCUUAGCAAUCACUCAUGAAGCUACAGGUAAUUAAGCAUAGAUGUUUAAAUAAUUUUGUGGACAAUGUGUAUGUAUUUUUAUGAAAUGCUAGGAUGCGAUAUUA